AAUUUCUUAGCUAACCUCUCUUCCUUCCAUCUUUUUCGUUGUUCUUUAUGUAAACGAUUGGUUUCUUUCCAAGUUUUUGGCGUAGGAAUUGCUGGCGACAUAAUUUUGUACUUUUUCAAAUAUCAAAAAACAUAAUUAUUCACAAUAUCUUCUGAAAAACGUUCACGAACUAUUAAAAUGAAUUUCAAAUGAACUACAUUUACAACGUUACGUUUUAUGUGAUAGCGAGUUUGUAUUUUUUCACUGUGUGAAAUAUUUUUUAAAAAUUUUUACCAAAUUUUUACAAAUAUUAAAUUAUGACCACAGAAGAAGGUUUUGAACAGUUUGAAGAUGAGGAGGCCGAAAUUCCAAUUGGUGGAACUUUACCUGGUGGUAGAAAACGAUUGUUUUCGAAAGAACUACGCUGUAUGAUGUAUGGUUUUGGUGAUGAUCAAAAUCCUUAUACAGAAAGUGUAGAUUUAUUAGAAGAUCUUGUUAUUGAAUUUAUUACUGAAAUGACACAUAGAGCUAUGGAAAUUGGUCGUACUGGUCGUGUUCAAGUAGAGGAUAUUGUAUUUUUAGUUAGAAAAGAUCCAAGGAAAUAUGCAAGAGUUAAAGAUCUUCUAACAAUGAAUGAAGAAUUAAAGAAAGCUAGAAAAGCAUUCGAUGAAGUUAAAUAUGCAGAAUAACAUGAGAGACUCCUACACCGUGGUAUGAAGAACCACACAGCCCCAAAGGUAUUUUAUGCGCGGAGAUAUAAUCGUGGAUACGAGUUAACCGUUGUGCGUGACCAAUUACAUAUUGUGGAAUACAGUCUUUCAGAAUGGAAACAUUACAUAUCUUGGGAUCUUCGUUAAUGCAUAAAAGUUUAUUUACAUAUUUAAUUGCAAUCAUUUUUAAAUGUUCUUCAGAUGAACAUUUACCAAAGUAUUUUUCAAACCAUGCCCCACCCAUCAUUACUGUCAGUACCUGGAUUAAAAAAAGAUGUACAUAUUCAACAAGUAUUUCUAGUCCAUUACAUAUUUGUAAAAAUUUGUUUAAAUUUUAAGAUCAUUUUGUAUUAU